UAGUUGCAGUUACCACUUUGAAAACCUAAUAAAUGAGGCUAUUUGUUAUUGAAAACGUUGAAAGUUUGAAAAAUGCCAUCUUACCCCACUUUCCCCUAGAGAUCCGAGUUUGUUUUGGGAAAUGUAGUCAGAGUGAACAAAGAGUCUGGAAGCACUUUUGUUGUUUCAGUUGUUUUGGACUACCUGCAUUGAAUGUAUCGUCUUAGUAUCGUUCCUUGUAGUAUUGCACGCUAGAAAACUUGUUUCUUCAAGCUCUGCUGAUAAGUUCAUUCAAAUUUUGGCCAUGUCGUUCCAAUGCCAUAUAGAAGACCUCCCAGACCAGGUGCUGGGCCACAUUUUUCAGUAUUUGGAUCGGUUCGAUAUCCGAUCGGCUAUGUACGUCUGCAAACGUUGGGAUUUAGUAGCGUUCGGAGAUGGUUCUACAAAGAUACUGAAGGUGUUCAUGAGUGAGGAGGCUUACCGAAGCUAUCAGAAUGCCGCUGACAUGCCCUACAGCCUCGCUGAUAUGGUGGAGGCCCUGUCCGAGAGUCGAAGAGCAUACAAAAACCUCACGCUAGUUUGGGAUUCUGUUGACAUUGAUAAAGAAGCGAUUCAGAGGAUUUUAAGUCGUUUCAGCGAAAGUAUCGUAUCGGUAAAGAUGCACUCUUGCGGAUGUGUCACCGGAAUGCAAUGGUGGGCAAAAAUAGUGAACAUGUUCCCAAACCUGGUGCAUCUGAACGUAAACGGUGUAUUUAUUGAUGAUGAGGCCCAACAAUAUGCAAGUCGAGUCAGAUUGGAACCAAUGGUGAAACUUCGGACCUUGCAUGAUCGACAGCAGCUCAUUAGAUUCGUUCGCCAUGCAUCGAUUGCAUUCGCUAACAUUACGUCGCUUGACGUUAGGCUAACUACGGAGGCUCCUCUUACACGAUUAUUCGAAAAACUUGGUCCAAAAUUGAUCCAUUUGACGUUACACACGCCACUGAAAGUGCUCAGUGUAUUCAACGAUGUUCACUUCCCAUCGCUGGAGACGCUCGAGGUGAUCAGUAUGGAUGCAAAGAUCUACAGAGUCAUUGAAGACCUUGGCGGGCUUGUGAAUAAAGCUCCAAUAUUGAAAAAUCUAGUCUUGCUUGCAAGAAUCGAUAUAUUCUUCUUGCAGUUGUUGGAUACACUACAGGGGACACUACAGAAACUUACCAUCGACGUCGACUGCGUAGAUUCUGGCGUGCUUCAAAUAAUUGGCAAAUUUAAGAAAUUGAAGGAUCUUUGGAUCAGUGGCAUGCAUCACAUCGAUUUCCAAUCGAUCGAAAAUAUGCCAAAAGAAUUAAGCGGCGUUCGCAAACUGGUGGUCGAUUGCACCGACACGGUGCCUCUUUCCGAAGCGUUCUACCGUGAUUGUUUUCCCAACUUGUUGGACCUGGAGCUGCAGUUUGAAGACCCGGAUGAUCACUGUCUGCGGAUUGUGAAACAGCUUCCUUCGUUGAGGCGGUUAUCCAUUCACAAUCCGUGGUUUGAAGCUCAUCUGGAACGCUUCCUGGAGUUUUGUAGCAAGCUGCUGGUGCAAGAGCUACACGUGUAUUGCUGUAAGCUUAAACUAGGAGAGUGGGACGCUUCAACAUCGAAACAGGAGGUGCCCCAUUUGCGGAAGCUGUCCAUCAGUGCGAUCGAGGUUGAUUCCGGCGUCUACUUACCGAUGGUGAAAUCUAUGUCAGCGCUACAUGAACUGCAGCUGGCCCUUGCCCGUCCAUGCGAAAAUGAAACUGUGAGAAUAUUGCUUGAUCAGUUUCCUCGAUGUAAUGUGGUGCGGUUGCGUAGGUCCAAAGCUCUGUUUUUGAGUACAGCUUCGUGAAACAAAGGUAUCACUUCGAAAUCUUCGUUACAUGAGGGUAACCGUGAAAUGAAGCAUUGGAAUACGUUUCAUUUUAACUUGUUUUAUUUAAGUUUUAGUUUGUGUUUGUGCUUAGAGUUUUAUAUUAUUGUCUCAUACGGUAAAUGUUAACAUGUUUGUCAAAUUUAGUCUGUUUUAACCAACAUAUAAUGUAGGUAUUCCUAAAAGUU